UCUUAAACCCUAUACAGGGGAGUCUGAACUGAAGUACCAGAAUUGCCAUCUUCAAACAAACAAAUACUUUACCAGCUUCAGAGAUUGUAGUGGGCGAAAGCAACGCAAAAAUGAAGAUCGUUUUAGGAAGACUUCUGCAGAGAACGUCACUCAGACAGGCAAUUGGACGCCGUGCAUAUUCUAUCAAGAAAAUUGUUGAUAUUGGACAGCCAUCUCCUGCGUCACAUCCCCAGUUACUGAAAGAAGGGGAAAGUACACCCGGCAUAACUUCAGAGGAGUACACAUUGAGAAGAAAUAAGUUGUUGGAGGUGCUCCCAGAGAAGGGUUUGGCCAUUUUUGCAGCUGCCCCUGUAAAGAUGAUGACUGAUGUCGUGCCUUACACAUAUCGUCAAGAUGCUGAUUACUUGUAUAUUACCGGCUGCCAACAACCUGGUGGCGUGGCAGUUUUAGGUCAUGAAUGUGGUUUUUGCAUGUUCAUGCCAGAAGCGACGUCUCAUGAUGUUAUUUGGCAAGGGCAAAUUGCGGGAGUUAGUGCAGCACUGGAAGUAUUCAAGGCUGAUAGAGCAUAUCCAAUGAGCAAAUUACGGCAGAUCCUGCCAGAUAUUAUGAAGGGAUCGUCCCAGUUGUUCCACAAUGUGCAGACGGCUGUACCAACAUAUAUGGAAUUGGAUGCUUUUCAGAAAGCAGCUUCCUCUGGAAAAGUGAAAGAUGUUUCGGUUUUCACCCAUGAGUUGCGGUUGAUAAAGUCACAUGCAGAGCUUAAGUUAAUGAGAGAGUCCGCAUCAAUUGCUUGCCAAGCUCUACUGCAGACAAUGUUUCACUCAAAGACACAUCCUUAUGAGGGUAGGCUAUCAGCUAAGGUUGAAUAUGAAUGCAAAAUGAAGGGAGCCCAGAGAAUGGCAUUCAAUCCUGUGGUUGGUGGCGGGCCUAAUGCUAGUGUAAUACAUUAUUCUCGGAAUGAUCAGAAAAUAAAAAAUGGGGAUCUUGUCUUGAUGGAUGUUGGUUGCGAGCUUCACGGUUAUGUCAGUGAUAUUACACGCACUUGGCCACCCUACGGCAGCUUCUCUUCAACACAAGAAGAGCUCUAUGAUCUUAUUCUGCAAACAAACAAGGAUUGUGUGGAGCUUUGCAAACCUGGUGCUAGCAUUCGAGAAAUACACAGCUUUUCAGUUGAAAUGCUUAUCAAAGGACUCAACGAGAUUGGAAUUCUGAAGGAUUCUAGAAGCAGUUCCUACCAUCAGCUGAACCCAACUUCCAUAGGUCACUAUCUAGGAAUGGAUGUCCAUGAUUGUUCUAUCAUUGGUUAUGACCGUCCUUUGAAGCCAGGCGUUGUGAUAACAAUUGAACCAGGAAUCUACAUCCCAUUGUCUUCUAAUGGUCCUGAGAGGUAUCGAGGGAUCGGAAUAAGGAUUGAGGAUGAGGUCCUCAUUACAGAGACAGGUUAUGAGGUCCUGACAGGGUCGAUGCCGAAAGAAGUUAAACACAUUGAAUCCUUGCUAAACAACUUUCCCCAUGGUAAGUAUAAUGCAGAGCCACAACAGUGAGAGAGUUUCAUCCAUUUGAUGUGCCCUUGUAAAAUAAGCGUACAAUACAGAUAAAAGGAAUUCGCUCGACCAUUCAUGUCAUUCAAAAGCAAAGAGCUCGCUAAAUGUUCUUAUUCAAGGCAUGGCAUUUUCCUGCAGAUACUUGACGUGGGCUUUUAGCUAACUUAAUUCUUGUGUAUCAAAAUUUUCAAUCUUUAUAAUUGUUCCCAUUUUGUUCUAUUGCUAUUAUCAUUUUGGCCACAG